AUGGUUGACUUUUUAAAGUCCCACCCAGAAUUACUAAAAGGCAAAUUUUCUAAAACAUUUACUAAGGCAGAUGGCCAAAAUCUAUGGAAUCUGCUUGCAGUGUCAUUAAAUGCACUACCAGGAGCAAAAAAGGAAUGGAUGCAGUGGAGAAAAACAUGGCAUGAUUUGCGUGCAAAUACUAAAAGUAAGAAAUCGUCAGUUGUCAAACACAGAAAUGCGACCGGUGGUGGUGAACAAACCAAAGAAUCUUUGACUCCAUUGGAGGAAGAAAUAACUGACAUGAUCGGUCCUACAUUAAUUGAAGGACAUGCCGAUAUAUUGGAAUCUUCAACUGACUUCACAUAUGGUUCAAAUACAGAGGAGGAUACACAAAUUUUUACAAUUCAGUUAGACAAUAAUGAGUCGCACAUAAUGUUUCCUAGUAAUGAAGUACCGAAUAAUAGUAUGCAUAAUAAAGAAAACAGUUGUAUGGAAACUAAAGUCUUGAAAGUGUUUAACAAUGUGAACUGCAGUUAUGGAAGUGGAAGUAAUAACAAUCAAGUUUCUCUAGCAAAAGAUUUAGCUUCCGAAAUGGCAACAGGUUCAACUCCAGUGUCACAUAAGACCUUAAAACGAAAAUCUACAUCGACACCAUUGGAUGUUAAACAUCGCAGCAGACGAACUCAGAGACUUGAUAAUACAAUAUGUGCUACAGAAGAACUCGCUAAACAGAACAAACAACAAAUUGACAUCAAGGAAGCAUACUACACACAGAAACUUAGCAUGAAGAAAGCAUACUACAAACAGAAGCUGGAAUUGUUGCAACAAGAUAUUGAUGUGAAGCAAGAAAUAAGUCAAUCACUGCAAAUCCUUACCGAAAAUAUUUUAUAAUUACAACCAUAAUAUGGUUAUGUUUUGCACUGAAUUGUAAUCGUUCGUUUCUUUUGUUAUUGUCUAUUGUGUCGAGUUGAGUUACCUGAUGAGAGUUACGUGAUGAAUUGCUUAUAGUACUUUGUUAUGUACUGAAU